AACAUUCGCAACAGGAUUGUUUUGUGUCCAAUAAUUCCCUGCAAUUAUAUCGUGAAAAACCUUGGAAAAUUGUUCCGGAACCACCUAUAACCGGCAGGAAAAGUAAGUAAGUAGUCCACUUUGCAAUUACAAUGGCCGGAACAUUGGAGGACAAGUCCAUCUGGGAAGAUGGAGAGGAAACACUGGGCGAGGAAGUACUGCGUAUGCCCACCGAUGAAAUCGUCAGCCGAACUCGUCUGAUGGACAAUGAAAUCAAAAUCAUGAAGAGCGAAGUGAUGCGAAUUACCCACGAGCUGCAGACGAUGAACGAGAAGAUUAAGGACAAUACGGAAAAGAUCAAGGUGAACAAAACGCUCCCGUACUUGGUGUCCAAUGUGAUCGAACUGCUGGACGUCGACCCGCAGGAGGAGGAGGAUGACGGAGCGGUGGUGGUACUGGAUUCUCAGCGGAAGGGCAAGUGCGCCGUAAUCAAGACUUCCACCAGACAGACGUACUUUUUGCCGGUCAUUGGAUUGGUCGAUCCGGAGAAGUUGAAACCGGGCGAUUUGGUGGGUGUGAAUAAGGACUCGUAUCUGAUCUUGGAAACACUUCCGGCCGAGUACGAUGCUAGGGUUAAGGCCAUGGAGGUGGACGAGCGACCGACUGAACAGUACUCGGACAUCGGUGGUCUGGACAAACAAAUUCAAGAACUGAUUGAAGCCGUUGUCCUGCCGAUGACGCACAAAGAAAAGUUCAAGAAUCUGGGAAUUCACCCCCCGAAGGGUGUCCUGCUGUAUGGACCUCCUGGAACCGGUAAGACGCUGUUAGCUCGAGCUUGCGCUGCCCAGACCAAGUCUACUUUCCUCAAGCUGGCUGGUCCCCAGUUGGUGCAGAUGUUUAUCGGUGACGGUGCCAAGCUGGUGCGGGAUGCUUUCGCUCUGGCCAAGGAAAAAUCUCCGGCAAUCAUCUUUAUCGACGAGUUGGAUGCCAUCGGUACCAAGCGUUUCGAUUCGGAAAAGGCUGGUGAUCGUGAAGUCCAGCGUACCAUGUUGGAACUGUUGAACCAGCUGGAUGGAUUCAGUUCCACGGCGGACAUCAAGGUCAUCGCGGCGACGAAUCGUGUUGACAUUUUGGAUCCGGCUCUGCUCCGUUCCGGUCGUCUGGACCGUAAGAUCGAGUUCCCCCAUCCGAAUGAGGAAGCCCGUGCCCGUAUCAUGCAGAUCCACUCGCGCAAGAUGAACGUCAGCCCGGAUGUGAACUUUGAGGAACUAGCCCGUUCGACUGACGACUUCAACGGGGCGCAGUGCAAGGCGGUGUGCGUCGAGGCCGGUAUGAUUGCGCUGCGACGUUCGGCGGUGGCCGUUACCCAUGAGGACUUUAUGGAUGCCAUCAUGGAGGUGCAGGCGAAGAAGAAGGCCAAUCUUAACUACUAUGCGUAAGGGGUGCGACGUGGGAUUAGAUGGCCGUUUUUUUUUUUCUUUUUUCUUCGAGUAGGUAAGUCGAUUUGUUCGCUAAAUCUGUAACGUAACUUGCUUGUAAUGGCAAUAAAAUUGUAUUCUAACAAAAA